GCUGUACGUAGGAUCGAAAGCGGUUUGUAGCAGGUCGUGGUCGCGUCGGUCGUGGUCGCGUCGGUUCGGUUGUGGCGGCUCAGCAGCACCGGGAGCACCUCUUGUUGUACUGCCUCUUUGAGUGCCUUAGGUCGCCGUUACGCGCGCGGAAACGUUUUGCAGUGCUUAUGUGUGAUCUAUGCACGCGUGGUAGUGCUGUACCUCCGGCUGCCCCCCUGGCGAUUGCUGGCCCCGUUUGAGGUCAGACCCAGGCUAAAGACAAGCUCUGCCAUCUCUCUGCCAGCGCUGCCUAGCCCCUUCGAAGUGCUGUGAAUCGAAGCUGUGCCAAUACAAACGUCGCGAGCCAGCUGUCUAUGCGACCGACGCUUGCGACGGCACUAAUCGUAAGCCUGCAGCGGCUGGAGGCACACCUGGGCAGCUUUGACCGCACACGAACCACACGAACCAUGGCGGAACACGUGCAGCGACCGGAGUACUCGGUCGCGCCGCCGGCGCGGCUCUGCCUGCAAGACGACGCGCCGGCGGCGGCCACGGGCGGCCGCCGCUGCGUGCCGCCGAGCGAGCCGGUGCCGCUCAAGAUGGCGCGUUACCGAGUCCUGAAUCAUCGAGUUACGCCAUCGCCGCGACGUGUGCCUCUGCACGCAGGGCUUUCUGCACAAAUUGUUCGGCGCGCACGAUAUCCGGGGACGAGGAUCCGACGUGCCCGGUUGUGCCCACGCCGACCCGUUCUUCCUGUGCGACGCCGUACGGCUGCCACGCCAUGCGAAGCCCCCGUUCUGUGCUCAUCCGCAUAGCGGCGCCGGCGUCAUCUCUCUGCUGUUCCGCGCGGCCUGCACCGUGCGGCCGUGGGACAACGUGCAGGGCGCCGAGGCGGAAGCGUUGCGCGCGGGCGGCAUCUAUCACGUCGACACCGGUGCGGGCUGUGUGCACGACGAGCCCUUCGACCCGCUAUCGAGCGGGGAGACGUUCGGAGGACGGUUCGACCAGCAGGGCCCGCCCGUACCGGCGGACGGCGAUGCGAGUUGGCUGGCGCAGUUGUGGUACGAUGCGCUGCCCGAGGAUGAGAACGCGCCGCCGCGACCCGUGUCUUCGGCCGUGGGGCGGCCGGAAGACGUGCCAGUCGUGCGCGACGAAGGGCUCGCCGUGCGAGUACUUGUCGGUAACUAUGGUGGCGUGACGGGACCCGUGACGGCGGCGCUACCACUCGUCAUCCUCCACGGGCGCGUCGACGGCGCGGCGACGCUGGCCUCGCUGCCUCCUGGGCAUAACGGAUUCAUCUGGGUGCUCGACGGCGCGCUCACGGCCGGCGGCGCGACGCUGACCUACGGCGAGCGAGGGCUCGGGCUGCUCCCGCCCGGCGGGGACCGGCUCCGGCUCGAAGGUGCUGCGGAGUUUUUCGUGGGACUGGGGCCACCGCGCCGCGUCCCGCACUACAAGUACGUCGGCUACGGCGGCGGGUUUGUGAGCCGUAGCGUCGCCGGCGUCGAGGCGGCGAUGAGCGAGUACGAGCGCGACCCGCGGGCCUUCGGCCGGACGACCGCAGUCGCUCCGUCCACGGACCACCUGGACCUGGUGGGGGGCUUUCAGGACGACGACGGGCCGAUGGAGGAGCGACCGGCGGGGGUCGUGGCGCGGUUUACGUAUCGUAAAUGA